CUGCGCUCCGCCCGUUCCCGGGCGCGGCUUGCGGGCUCUCCGCCUCUCCGGCAAGAUGGCAGCAGCGGCGGGUCGAGCCGGGCUGGGCUUCCUGCGGGGGCUGCGGCUCCCCGGCCCGGCCGCGAUCAGGGGGCUGCGCGCAGGAGGGGGAUGUGUCCAGCAGCAGGAAUUCACCUCCCUGGAGGAGAAGCCCCAGUUCCCGGGAGCUUCGGCUGUCUUCAUCGACAGGCUGGAAUUCAUCCAGCCCAACGUCAUUUCUGGGAUCCCCAUCUACCGGGUCAUGGACCGGCAGGGGCAGAUCGUCAACCCCAGUGAGGACCCCCAGAUUUCCCAAGAGGAGGUGCUGAAGUUCUACAAGAGCAUGACGCUUCUCAACACCAUGGAUCGAAUCCUGUACGAGUCCCAGAGACAGGGACGGAUUUCCUUUUAUAUGACCAACUACGGAGAAGAAGGCACCCACGUGGGCAGCGUAGCAGCCCUGGAUGACACUGACCUGGUCUUUGGACAAUACCGAGAAGCAGGUGUCCUGAUGCACAGGGGCUACCCUCUGGACAUGUUUAUGGCCCAGUGCUACGGCAACGCCAGCGACCCCGGCAAAGGCCGGCAAAUGCCCGUGCAUUACGGCUGCAAAGAUUUGAACUUUGUCACCAUAUCGUCCCCGCUUGCCACCCAGAUCCCACAAGCGGUGGGGGCCGCCUACGCCUUCAAGCGGGCGAACACCAACCGGGUUGUCAUCUGCUACUUCGGCGAAGGGACCUCCAGUGAGGGGGAUGCCCACGCGGGCUUCAACUUCGCUGCCACCCUGGAGUGUCCGGUCAUAUUUUUCUGCCGGAACAACGGCUACGCCAUCUCCACUCCAACGUCCGAACAAUACCGGGGCGACGGCAUCGCCGCCCGGGGUCCCGGUUAUGGCAUCCAGUCUAUCCGAGUGGACGGCAACGACGUCUUUGCCGUGUACAACGCCACCAAGGAGGCCCGGCGCCGGGCCAUUGCCGAGAACCAGCCCUUCCUCAUCGAGGCUAUGACCUACAGGAUCGGGCACCACAGCACGAGUGACGACAGCUCGGCCUACCGCUCUGUCGAUGAGGUCAAUUACUGGGACAAACAGGACCACCCCAUCUCACGUCUCCGCCACUACAUGGUGAGCCGGAACUGGUGGGAUGAGGAGCAGGAGAAGAGCUGGCGGAAGAAGUCGCGCAAACGGGUGAUGGAGGCGCUGGAAGAGGCUGAGCGGAAGCUGAAGCCGAAACCUCAGCUCCUGUUCUCGGACGUUUACAGUGAGAUGCCCUGGCACAUCGCCAAACAGCAGACAGCCUUAGAACGUCAUCUGAAACAGUAUGGAGAUCACUACCCACUGGAUCACUACGAGAAGUGAAUCCCGGCCUCGCCCGAUCCCUCCUCACGUCCGCCUUUCCCCACCCUGAGGGCUGGUGCCCCCCUCCAGGGUGCCAGGCUGGCUUGCAGGCAUCUCCGGCACCACCCCAGGUCAUCCACAAAUCUCUCUUCUUUUGUACUUGGGAUGCCCAUCUGGCCUUCCAUCCAUCCCUCCUUCAUCUUUGCUUCUGGCCAGAGAACCUCUGGGUCCUGCCUAGAUUUUUAUUUUUAUUUUAUUUUUUACAAAAGGGCUGCUUUGCUUUUUUGUCGCUUCCAGCUCAGUUGCCUUUCAUAGUUUUUUUUUUUUUUUUUAAAGGCCAGCCCAAAAGAAGAGAGAGCUUCCCCCCGCCACCCAACGGGGCUUGGUCAGCCUGUGGCAAGAGACUGAAGUGGGGAUUGGGGACCCCACUUCCUGGGAGAGUUCAAAGGAGGUUUAAUGCCUUGCUAGGUACAUUUCUGUAAAUGCCUGGGGCCCGGUGGAUUCUCUCUUGACUAUCACGAGCUAACACGGUCAAGCAUUUAAUUUAGAACUGGGGUUCCUUUUGGCCUGCUUUUGAUAUUUGAAGAUUUCGCCUUCAAUUUGGUUUCUGGAUCAAGUGACACUUCCUCUCCGUUUGCCCUUCUAGGUUCUUGGAAAAUAUUGCUCUGGGCUUGCACUGUUUGGGGUCAAAUGCACAGUUGGAUAUUAGGGCCCUGCCUGGCACCCCGUUUCUUGAGCAACAUAUUCACCUUUUAUGAUUCACACAGGCCCUCGUCACCCUAGCCGUCAAUUUUUAAUUGUCCCUCCAACUUUCCAAAUCUAUCUUCAUGGGCCUUUAAGAAAAAAUCACUUUCCCCCAGUUUGUAAAGCCAAGGGGGGCUUCUUCCUUGUAGCUACUCCUUGUAGCAAGAGUCAGAGGGUCUAACAGCAGUAGUAGUUGUGGGUAGGGGUUUUUACAGGAGGGGGGGUGGUGAAGACCGAGCCUCAAAAAGCGACAUUCAAAGGAUUUAGGAGCCUCACUAGAGUUAUUAUUAUUAUUAUUAUUGCACAAAAAGGUGGAAAAGCUGCCAAUAAGCUUCCUCAAAAGCACAGAACUAUCUCCCAGCUUUCCUAGGUUUUUAACGCGUUCACCUUCCUUGCUCUCCAGGCCGAAUUCAACAAGCCAAUCCAUGUCACCUUAGCAUCCUGCUGUGGCAGGGUUUAAAUUUGUCAGAUUGCUGUCUGGAGGGAAACAUUUCUUUAGGAAAAAUCCGUAGACGGGGCUGAAGGCUUGAAGUGAGGUGCCCCUACCCCCCCCUCCCGUGUUUUCCAAGAAGCCCACCGUGGAAAGAAGACGUGACAAAUUAUUUCUUUGCCGAGCAUGGAGAUUCAGCAGCCUCGAAUGUGGCGCCAGCUGAUUUAUCCAAACACUACAAGGGGCGUCAUUCCUAGAAAACGGUUGCCAAGGAUUAAUGUCUAUGGAUUUUCUUUGGAAGGGAAAUGACUUUGAGCAAGAGGGAAGGCGGGCAAAUUGUGCACAGGGUGGGGACAAUACGUUUGGGGACGUGAGAACGAGAAACAGGGAUCCGUGUUCGAACGUCUCUUUGGGGAUGUUUGGUGCAUUUUUUUUUCCCCCAGCACCUUCCUAAGUGGAAUUCAAGCUGUUCUGUUGGUCUUACUCCAAAGCUGUUACAACUGAAAAUAACGAUCAUUGUGGGGGGUUAAGGGAAGAAUGGGUUGAUGCCAGCCCAUCUAAUCGCACAUAUGGGGCAAGUUGGGAAAUCAAUAAAUAUUUUUCUGGCCAA